AUGCACGCUUUGACGAGAUGCCAUCGUUCCUUCAAACUGGAGGCAAAGAUCUCGUUCCUACGCGACUAUCAGCUUGAAGGUCUGAACUGGAUGUUGCACGCUUGGUGUAAGCACAAUUCGUGUAUUCUCGCUGAUGAGAUGGGUCUGGGUAAAACGAUCCAAUCGAUUUCGUUCUUAGCCGCUCUCUAUUACAAAUACGAUCUUUAUGGACCUUUUCUGGUCGUUGUACCAUUGUCGACUAUGGCAGCAUGGCAGAAGGAAUUUGCCCAGUGGGCCCCGGAUAUGAAUCUUGUCACCUACAUGGGUGAUGUGAAUUCACGUGAACAGAUCCGACAAUUUGAGUGGUAUGUGGCUGGCACGAAGAAGCUUAAAGUAAAUGCUGUUCUCACUACUUAUGAGAUCCUUCUCAAAGACAAGCCGUUUCUGGGCAGUUUUCAAUGGGCAGCGCUGGCUGUUGACGAGGCUCAUCGGUUGAAAAAUGACGAAUCUCUACUAUACAGCUGCCUGUCUUCGUUUAACUGUGAUCAUCGCCUUCUGAUUACCGGGACUCCCUUGCAGAAUUCACUGAAGGAACUAUGGGCAUUGCUGCAUUUCAUCAUGCCUGAAAAGUAG